AUGCCAAUGAACACUCAUGUACUGCUUGUCACUGAAACCUGGCUAACCUCUGGUUCUUUCCCUACUAACUGGUCUCAAUUCCACCUCUAUGGCUCUAAAGUACCUGGUGCAUUUAACCGUGGUUCUGGUGGCAUUACUGCCUUUGUCUCUCCUUCCUGUCCUUUCUCUGUCUCUCAACUUCCAUCUUACAAUGCACACACUUUGUCCCUUAAGGUUGGCACCCUUACGGUUCAUUGUGUGUAUCUGCCUCCACCCUUAUCCUCGGAUAAGGUGCUCUCGCUUCUUCGCUCGUUACCCGUAACCAGUGAUACCAUCCUUUGUGGUGAUUUCAAUGCUCGCUUUGGAUCUCUACUGGGUGAUACUAAUGCUAAUCCUCGUGGUACCUCACUACUGCCAUGGCUGGAGGAGUCCUCUUUUUCCAUUCUCAAUGAGUCUUUAGCAUUUGGUACACCCACAUUCACAACUUUUCGACGUCAACAAGAGGUUCAUAGCAUCAUUGAUCUGUUUCUUACAAACAUUGGCGAGGCUGCUCUGUUACAUCCUCAACUGGUGGUUGAAUCUGAUCUGUCUCUUGGCUCUGAUCAUCGGCUGAUGGUACUUACUUUCGAGUAUGUGCCCCCUCCCGAUGAUACUCUUGGUUCUGGUAGCUCUGGUGGUUUGGCCCCUAGACGGCAAUGGAAGCUCUCGAAAUUGAGGAAAAAGCGGCCUUUGGGCUUGCUUCGUGAAUCCUUUCGAACUUCUGUUGCUCCUUUGGUUGGUUCUCUCUCUGGUUUGGUGUCUGCUCCCCCUGGUGUUUGUCCAGAUAUUGAUGCAAUCAACGAUUCUUUGAAUCAAUGUUUGUAUGAAUCUCUGGAUAGCUCAAUUGGUGUGAAAUCUGGUCGUCCUGGCCACUGGAAAAAGUACUGGACACAGGAAAUUGAGGAUGCUGCUCGUGAAAGAGAUACUAUGUAUAGUAGAUGGAGGUGGGCAAGUCGUUUUGCCAAAGUCGAAACAUGGAAUCUCUAUCAAGCUGCUCACAGGCGUUUUCGUUCUCUUGUACAAGCUGCUAAGCGUCGAUCGUGGAAUCAGUUUUGCUCUGAUUUGGAAAAGGAUUUUUCGAAAGCUACUGCUGCAAUCAAGCGCAUUAAAAGAAACAAGGAAUGCUCUGCAACGUACAGUCAUCCAGACGGUCCAACUGCCUCUGUCAACACAAUGGCGUCCCAUCUUGCCUCUGUCUAUGAUGGCUCCCUGUUGAAUAAUGCGUCUCGCCUUGCUGCUCCGUCCAAUUUCUCUGAUUUGCCUUAUGAUGUGUCCACCGCUGAUUUGGGUCUAUUUGAUGCUGAUACACUUGUCUCCCUCAUUAAGCGUUUGCCAAAUGGGAAAGCUCCUGGUCCUGAUCAUUUGAAAGCUGAAAUGCUGAAGGCUCUAGCAUCUGACAUUGCACCCGUAUUGUCUCUGCUCUUUACACUCUGCUCUCAGUGGUCGUAUACACCAGCCCUAUGGCGACAUGCUCAAGUCUUUCCCAUUUACAAGAAAGGUGAUGUAUCUGAUCCUGCAAACUUUCGUCCAAUUUCGCUUACUUCGGUGAUGCGUAAAUUGUUCGAAUUCUCUCUGAUGCCUGCUCUCGAUGAACAUUCGCCUGCACUUGAUGUAGCUCAAGGUGGUUUUCGCCCACAGCGUAGUCCUCUGGAUUAA